AUGUCGAUGAAACGUUUGGGAAUGUACCCAGCUAAUGGUCCGAUUCUGGAAACCACGAAUACUAUGGCAGAGCACAGUGGACUAGGUACAUUCCACAAGUUUUACCUGACGCUCCGACCAAAUUUCCUUCGUCGCCAGCAUAACACUCACUCGACUGGAUGGGGCCUCCGUUCAUCUUCUUCCUCCUCCACCGCUGCCAUUAAUGAGUAUUCUCAUCAACUUGGCAACCACAUUUCUGGACCUGGACGUUUCAAUUCCAGUGUCGGCCCGGAUGAGCACAGUAUCGUCAGGCCUCAUGUCUACUAUUCACACUCGCAACAGGCCUCAGGAAAUGGCUUGCUUGAUCUCUCCUGUCUGGCUGGUGUUGAUGGUUUAUAUACAUCGUCUGCCAUCGCUACUCAGGCUGCCAUUGGUUGUGGAAGUGGCCGACGUCUACCCGAGGCUGGGCUCCUUUCACCAGUUCGUCGAGCUGCCAGUCACAGUGAGAGCAAUGUUGCUGCACUUGCAAUGCUUACUCGGCCCGUCGGAAAUGUGGAAAUUGGUGCCAUUGAACUAGCCGAGGUUUCAGCGUCAGCGAACGUUGAUAGCAUCCUCCUUGACCCAGAUAAUAUUGGUUUGUCUGAAAUGGCGACAGGAAGUCGAAAAAGACACCCGGGAUUAGGGAAUAGUACUGAAGGUGGUGGAGAACAGGUCGGCUUUGGCGAAGGUCGCAUGAAAAAAGUGAAAUCCAAAAGUGAUAGUCGCAAGCAGCAGCGUCAGUCGCGGAGGCUUUUGUUGCAUCUAGAAGCUGAGCAGGUGGCCACAACUGGAGCCGAUUGCUUAAUUACGGCUCAUACCGGUGACCUUCAGCUCCCAGCAAGCCUAAAUGGGUCGUCAACAAGAGCAUUUAAAGGGGAGCAGCCAGUGCUUGGGCAAUUAGAAGGGAAUCGUCGUCACUCAGAUAGUGAAAAGAAGUCUAGGCGUCCUCGUUCUGCGAGUUCUUCAGCAUUGAAAUUUGCCAACCUUUGGAACCAGGCGAUCGGAGCACAUAGGUAG